AUGGCUGCUUGCAAACGUUUUGUUGAUCAUUGGGGAAUUGCCACACCACAACCAAGAAUUCCAAUGGAUCCAUUCAGAGGAACGAGAAACAACGCAGUGGACAACACACCAGGAUAUACAAAUCAGAGCUUUCACCCAAGUGAACAAUUCUACACCCCUGCUUAUAAAUGUGGAUACAGUGGCAACAAAGAAAUCAUGGACGUCAAUUUUAACACUGAUGACGUCAUGGAAUCGAGCAGCGUUAUGUGCGGCUCUGCUUCUCGUGUUUUCGUCUUUGCAGAAAACAACGCUACUACAAGACGCACAAAAGGCAAAGAAGAUGAAUUAAAUUUGUCAAAGGAAAAGGACCGGUUUCCACACAUUAACGACCCCUUAUUGACCUCCACCCCAGUCGAUGUUAGUGCUAUGAAGCCAAUCAGGACCUCUACCCCUCUCGACCUCUCGUCCCAGAAGAAACAUUUCCUGUCUUCAGAUGAGUUGUUCUUGUCCGGAAGGUACAACAUUGAUCUCAAUACUUCCCCGGAUCUACGUGUCCGUCUGUUUACCAGUAACGAGGAAUCGUCUGAUGGAAGUUUAGUGAGAAAAUCUGUCUGUGAGUCUCCCAAUUCAGAAUUGUCCUCCUCAGGAGCAAGUGGCGGAUCUAGCAAGGAGAACGGUCUCUGGAGGCCAUGGUGAU